AUUUUUAUGUAUUUUCAACAACCCUAAAAUUUACGAAUUAAGGAAAAUGUAUAAAUUGUGCGUCUACAAAGAUUGUGGCUAUUCCUACUCUGUCGUCGGCAGCACGCCAACUAAAGGGCAAUGGACAAUCUUCUCUUUUCCCAAAAACCCGGAGAGGGCCCGCAUCUGGUUAGAGAAUGCCCAGGUGCAUCCAAAGAUUUCGAAGAACCAGCUGUUUUUAUGUUCAAAGCACUUUGAUACCAAGUUUAUAUCGAGCAACAGGAACCGAACGAUGCUUGUGGGCGAGGCAAUUCCAAUUCCCUAUACAAAGGACAAGGAUCCCGACCCGAAGGAAGAGUACUGCGCAGCGCUGGAAGACUUCUCCACCAAUGUGAGCGACGAUGAGCUGGAUGAACUGAUACAGGAGGCUGUAAAAAACUCUGUGAACAAAUCAAAGGAACCCAAAACUGAUAUGAUGGCGAAAAAAAACAACACGGAAUCGCCUCCCGCCAAGCGCUCGAGGGAAUCAACAAGCGCCGCUCCUGUUGCUAUUGAAUCUCCAACUACGAAAAGUUGUUCUACGGAUUCGGACCCGGAGCAAAUGGAAUCUAUCGAUACCUCCGAAGUGUCCGUGUUCCAGUUUAAAGGCCAGGAGUACGUUCAAAUGUCGAUGGAGUUUUAUAUGCUUGAAAAGCGAAAGAUGUCCGAGCUGGUAAAAGAUUACCGGCGGACCCUCCAAAAUAUAAAGGAUCAAGUGUCUGAAUGUCUGAAAGGAAGCUCUGAUAUUUUCCAGAAACAAGCCGAUUAAGAAAGCAUAGGAUCCCAAAAAAGCACAUAUAUUUCCAGAUUAGCUAGCUUCAGAAAACCAGAUGAACCUGCUACUUUAGAACUAAGACUGUUUAUUUUAAGAUAAGCAUACAUUUAGUUGUGUAAGAAUUUGUGUACUUUUUAAGGAAAAGUUCGAAUUUAACAAAUAAUAAAUUUAAGCGUUUU